GUAAAGUCUGCUACGGACGGCCCCUUUUCAGAACGAGCCUCGUCCGGAAAGUUGAUAGAUGAAGAGCGAGUGAAGCGAAAUGCAGUGAAACGGUGUCUUUUGGCAGUUUUUUAAGUCGUCAGGAGCGCGAGGGGAGCCGGAGCGCGCAUUUUUAGGAUGUGUGUUUAUUUAAUGAAGCGAGUGAGAAAUGCCAGUCGAAAUGCUACAUCCAAACCUAAUGCCUCCGUAGGUUUGUCACCGAGCCAAAGCUAUACGUUUCUGAAGCGUCAUCAACAACACGUCGACUGGCUUGCUGUGAUUUCCGCAGACAGUGACCUGCUCUAUUCAUAUGAGGUCUCAGUCGGACGGUAUCCAGACUUCGUACCAGGCAGCUGGGAGGAUAAAUCGACCUGUUGAGAGCACUUGACCUGCGUCAGAGCACAGCGAUGUGGAUCUGCAUGGUUUACAAUGAGACGGACACCAGCGUGGACUUCCGGCUCUGCCAGGACUUUGGCCUCAUCCUGUCAGUCUUCUCCCUCAUCUACCUCCUGGUGUGCUUCCCACUGGGGCUGUGCUACAAUGUGCUGCUGGUGGUGGUCAACCUCUCCAACAAGGUGUCCAUGACCAUGCCGGAUGUCUAUUUCGUCAACAUGGCCAUUGCGGGUCUUGUGCUUAAUCUGGUGGCGCCCGUGGAGCUGCUGAGCUCGACCUUCACCCGUUGGCAUGCGUGGGACUACAACAACGAGGUUUAUAUCACCCUGCUCAUCCUCUUCAACAUCUCUUCUUUGGUCAUCAUGUACUCCACCACACUGCUCAGUCUGGACUACUACAUAGAGCGGGCGUUGCCUCGUACAUACAUGUCCAGCGUGUAUAACACUAAACAUGUGUGUGGGUUCAUCUGGGGCGGCGCAGUGCUCACCAGUUUCUCUUCGCUGCUCUUUUACGUGUGCAACCACAUCUCCACGAAGAUGGUGGAGUGCUCCAAAAUGCAGAACAAGGAGGCAGCAGACGCCAUCAUGAUGUUCAUUGGGUACGUGGUUCCAGCUGUGGCCGUUUUUUACGCCUUUGUGCUUAUUUUGCGCAUUAGGAAGGAGUCCACACCUCUGGAUCAGGACUCCGCUCGCUUAGACCCUUCUAUCCACCGGCUCCUGCUAGCCUCAGUCUGUGUGCAGUUUGUACUGUGGACCCCGUACUAUAUGACCCUGUUGGUGCACACUGUAGCCGGUGCACCAGGGUACGUUAGCAACAUACAUGACUUACCUAGCUAUUAUUCUACCUAUUAUUUCUUGAGAUGCGUGUCCAAACUGCUGGCUUUCUCUAGUAGUUUUGCGAUGCCUCUCAUGUACAGGCAGAUGAACAAAAACUUCUCCAACAAGCUUCAGCGGCUGCUCAGGAGGCUGCACUGCAGAGACCAGUCCUGCCCUCAUGAACGCUCAACAGUGCAGCAAGUGGUGACGUGAGAUCACCGCCAACCCACUCCCCCACUUCCACUUCCUGGCCCAGCCGGCACUUACUCCCCCCCCCCUCCUCUCUUCCCUAUAGAGCCAGUAUCUGACUGGGCUCCCUCGCUGCUCUGGACUGUGUUAAGAGCGACUUAGCUAACUGUGGAAUUUCCUGUCACCUUCCAGAACUUG